UUGAAAUUAAUUUUUGUAAAACAAGCAUCAAAAUUACGUAUUGAAUUCUCAGGCUAGCGUCAUGCUCCGUCAGAUAAGGGCCAUUUCACGUUUUCUAUUUAAUCAUAUAAGUGACAUUAAUUACAAUAUUAUUGUUCUAAUAAUGCUGAAGGUGCUGUGCACUAUUAUAUUAAUGGACUAUUAUUAUGUUUAUUAUGGAUAUGAUCUGCUAUAUUGGUUGGAUGAGAUAGGCCAAAAUCCAGUAGAGUAUCUAUUUUCUGGCAUUGUCCUCACUGUGGCCGUUCAUGUUGUGAUGUCGUGUGUGGAGGUUAUAAUACUCUCGACAUUAAUUAGGCGCAACACGUGCCGUUAUAAUAAGCCGAGGCAACAUUUUGAGGAGCGAUAUAGGCGAUUUGUUUUGAUGCGUCUGGUGCAGCAACUGGAGAAUGCAUUGCAAAUUCAGAAACGUUGUUCGGGGCAACAGGACCAACAUAAUCAGCAAGAAGACAUGACAAUGCUUGAAGAUUUGCAUUCAUCACAUCAGCAGAUCCAUCUUGCUGUAAACGCUUUUCGCACUUCAGUGGCUGUGUUGUUGUGGCCCAAUCGAGCAGAUCUACAAAUGGACGCAUUUAUACUUUAUCAUAUCGAUGAGGGACAGCUGACUGAGCUUAAACGUCACGGCUACAGCUUAAGUCAACCCGAUAACAGGGAUAUUCGUAAUGAGCACCUCAAACGCUUACUCAAUCCGCCAGGAUAUUAAGUAAAACCCAACUUAUAAUUGUAUUUCAAUGAUUUUGGCUCUAAUAGUUCUCAGCAAUAAAAAUAUGUGUCCCAUAAAAAUUA